UCAGCACCAUGACUACUUCUGGGCAUGGAACAAAGAGGAUGCUCUCCCGGGGCCCCGCGCUGCUCCUGGCGCCGCUGCUGCUCCUGUGCCGAGUGGUGGAGAGCCGAGGAGGGAUCAUGGACAGCAUCCAGAGAUUCUCCAACCUGCCAACCUAUCUCCCUGCCAGCCCUCACAUCUCCAAUGCUGAUACUUUCUUCUUCCUCAAGGAAGCCAACCAGGAUAUCAUGAGGAACUCCAGUUUGCAGUCUAGGGUGGAUUCAUUCUUUAUAUACAAAGCCAAACAGCCACCUGUCCUAAAUGCCACCUAUGGACCCUUUUCUGUUGAACAACCCGUUCCCUUGGACCUCAUGCUGACUUCUGCAUCUUUUGGUUUCACAAAUAAAUUCGCUUUUAAUUGGAAAUUAAAAUCCCACAUAAUCAACAGCUCGAUCUAUUCCAACAAACCUAAAAUACAGACCCUGUUCUACAUCGCGGGGAAGGACUGGGACGACUACGACUCCGAGGAGAUGCUGCCUUGUGUGAAGAUGUUUGCUUUCCUGGAGUCUCGAGAAGUGGUGGCCAGCUGCAGAUUGACAGGCCACCUGGGAUUAUGUGUUGUGGAGCUGGAAUUGUCUCCCAGCUGGUUCAGCUCCCCUCCACCCCUGGUUUCAGAGGAAACAGCCUCCCUGGAAGGGAUUACUGUGGAGCUCUUCUAUAAGAUUUAUACAGUGGAUGGGGAAUGUUCUCCAGAGGAUGCAAAAUGGGAAAACAACAUCCAUGCAGGUGAAGAGAAUGAGCACCAAGCUUUGUCAGCUAUGGAGAGGAUUGGAAGCAUCGUGGUUUACCCAAAUCAAGACAAAUUAAAGCAGUCAUCGCUGAGGGUGGAUGAAAAUAUCAUUAUUCACUUACCACUCAGCCCUGUCAGAGAGGGUGACAUUGUGACCUUCCAUGUUUUCCUGGAUGAUUACUCACUAGCAGACCAGUUUGUAUUAAGGAUCAGGACGGCGCCAGGAGUGAGGAUCUCGGACAUCAGGGUCAGUGAUGCUGACCAGUGGGGCGUGCAGGAGGAGACGGACAGCGCCCGCAGCACGGCCACGCUCACCUGCGUGCACAACGACCCCGGCGCCCAGGACAGAGCCAACAUGACCUCCUACGAGAUCCUGCAGAUGGAUUUUGAGAUUGACAAUGCCAGCAGCCUGGCAGGGGCCCAGCAGAUCACCUGGCAGGUGGAGUACCCGCGGGACGACUCGGUCAGCGAGCUGGUGGUGUCCGAGAUCUUCGUCAGCCGCACCCUGUUCGUGGGCAUCGUGCCCCUUGCCAUGGACACCGAGAUCCUCAACACAGCCAUCCUGACGGGCAGGAUGGUGGCUGUGCCAGUCAAGGUGGUGGCUGUGCAGGAGGACGGCUCCGUGGUCGACGUCUCCGACUCCACCGAGUGCCGAUCCGCUGACGAGGACGUGGUGAAGGUUUCUGAGAGCUGUGACUCCAUCUUUGUUAACGGCAAGGAGAUGAAGAGCAAAGUGGACACCAUUGUGAAUUUCACCUACCAACAUUUCACCACGCAGCUGGAGGUGACGGUCUGGGUCCCGCGGCUGCCGCUGCAGAUCGAGAUCUCUGACACCGAGCUCAGCCAGAUCAAGGGCUGGAGGAUCCCUGUCACCUCCAACAAGAGGCCCACGCGGGACAGCGAGGAUGAGGAGGAUGACGAGAAGAAGGGCAAAGGCUGCACCCUGCAGUACCAGCACGCCCUGGUGAGGGUCCUGACGCAGUUUGUGGCCGAGUCCUCGGAGCUCGGGGGCCACCUGACCUACCUGCUGGGCUCAGAGUGGCAGUUUGACAUCACUGACCUGGUGGCUGAUUUCAUGAAGGUGGAGGAGCCCAAGGUGGCCAAGCUGCAGGAGGGCCGGGUGCUGGCCGGGCGGGAGCAAGGCAUCACCACGGUGCAGGUCCUGUCCCCUCUCUCGGAUUCCAUCCUGGCAGAGAAGACAGUGAUAGUUCUGGAUGACAGGGUGACCAUUGCUGACCUGGGUGUGCAGCUGGUGUCAGGCCUGUCUGUGUCCUUUCAGAGCAGCAAAGGAAACAAGAGAGCCAUCCUUGCCACCACCUCUGCCCACGACAUCCUGCGCACUCCCAAACAGGAGGCUGUGGUGAGUGCUUGGGUUCUGUUCAGCGACGGGGCGGUGACGCCCUUGGACAUCUACGACUCCAAGGACUUCUCCGUGGCCAUCACCUCCCUGGACGAGAUGGUGGUGUCCUCACACCAGAGCCUGCAGUCCCUCUGGCCGGUGGUGGUGGCAGAAGGGGACGGGCAGGGGCCCCUGAUCAAAAUUGAGAUGGUGAUCAGCGAGCCCUGCCAGAAGACCAAGCGCAAGAGCGUUCUGGCCGUGGGGAAGGGAAACGUCAAAGUGAAGUUUGGCCAGAAGGAUUCGGACCAGAAGGGGAGCACCAACGACAUUGAUGAUGUGGAGAAAGAUUUUAAAAGCCAUGCCAGCAAUGCCAUAGAGAAAGCUGCAGAACAAGAGAGGACAGCACAAGACUGGUCCAAAACCCACGAGGACGUGUCCGGUCCUGAGGACAAUGCGAACAAAAGCACAACUUUCAUCUCUCCCGUUGAUCAGGAGUCCCUGGAGGAUGGCCAGCUUCAGAACAACCCAACUGCCUUCACAGGUUUCCCUGCCCAGGUAGAAAUACCGGGAGAAAGCAAUCCCAGUGAUCUCUCAUUGACUUCCAGAGGAUUGACAGACCUGGAGAUCGGCAUGUACGCGCUGCUCUGCGUUUUCUGCUUGGCAAUCUUGGUGUUUCUGAUUAACUGCGUGGCGUUUGCUUGGAAGUACAGGCACAAAAGGUUUGCUGUCAGUGAGCAAGGCAACAUCCCCCAUUCCCAUGACUGGGUCUGGCUUGGAAAUGAGGUGGAGCUCCUGGAAAACCCAGUGGACAUUUCGCUCCCAUCAGAGGAGUGCACUACCAUGAUUGACAGAGGGAUGCAGUUUGAAGAAAGCAACUUUCUCCUUAAUGGGAGUUCUCAGAAGACUCUUCAUAAUCAUAUCCUCAGAUCUUCUGAGUACCUUUGUGAAAAAGAAGUUAAAAGUGAACCUAUAAAUCCUUCUGGGCCAAAGCAGAAGCGAGUAAAGUUCACUUCAUAUACAACAAUACUGCCAGAGGAUGGAGGCCCCUACACCAACUCAAUUCUAUUUGACAGUGAUGAUAAUAUUAAAUGGGUAUGCCAAGAUAUGAAUCUUGGUGAUUCCAAGGAACUUAGGGACUAUAUGGAAAGACUGCAAGACAAUAUGUAAAACUACUUUCUUAUGUUUGUAAUCACCUUUAUGCCUUCUGUUUAUGGAUGGUGGAGCAGUCAGUCCAGUCAGCAAUAGGAACAAGACAGCCCAACCCUGGAGGUCCUGAGAUGAUAACCUGAUGGCAGAGAGCAGGUCCAAGAGGCUGGCUGAGUUAAUCCUGUUUCACCACAGACCAGGAUGUGCCCCUAAAGCAGCUCCCUGUAGGUGUUGGAGGUGUCCCACACGGUGGCUGUGGCUGUGUACUGCCUGGUUCUGGCAAAAUGCUGAUCCACCUGCGCUCAGACUCAGAGGAGACUCCGUUUGUUGGUCAUCUCUCAUGAGAAAUGGUCACUCAGAAAAGAAAGGGAUGUUUGUUUGCAUUGAUUUUUUCUAGUCGUCGUCCUUUGUAAAGCACAGUGGACAUUUCUUGCUCACAGCCUGAGAGGAGGCUCAUGGAAAAAGGGAUUGGAAUGAAUCUCAUUUUAUUGCCUAUGUGCAAUGCAGCCAAGUAGUCUUAUUAUUUUUUACAGAUAUAAAAAACCCCAUGUGGUUAAUUUCUUCUUAUAUUGUUUGUGAAUUUUAUUUGACUUAGGGAACAUUAAAUAUUUUCUUUGAAGGGGUUUUUUUUUUUUUUUUUUUUUUUUUCGGUUGUACCAAAGUGUAGUACAGUAAUAUUUAUAAUGAUUUGAGUUUU